UUUGAAAAACUCAACACAAGUUUUCAGAUUCAUCUGGACGUUGAGCGCGUCAAGUUGUUCAACUCGUGACUUAACAACUAUUAUUUGUUAAAUAUUAAAAUAUUAUAAUCUAAAGAUAAAGCUAACGACUUUACAGAGUCAAGAUCAUACUUCAGACGUUUUUAUUCACUUAGUUGUGGAACAACUUCGCCGGAGAGGAGUCAGCUGCCUAGAAACACAGACAACAACAACAACAACAGCAAAAAUGUCGCAGACGCUCGCCUACAUCGUGAUAAUCGCUCUUAUUGCUAAUCUCUUAUCAGUUUCCGGCCUGCGCUGCCACCAGUGCAACUCACAUGAUAAUGAGGACUGCGUCAGCCUCGUGGUGAAUACGCCACGCGCCCAGCGGGACGAUCAAUACUUGAGGGACUGUGCGCCCAAGGGGGAUGAGCAGGCAUUCUGCCGCAAGACGAUCAUUCAGCUGGAUGUGAAUGAGGAGCGGCGCAUCGAGCGUAGCUGCGGCUGGAUACAGGAGAAAACGCAUAACGCCUGCUUCACGGCCGACAACGAGGGCUACAAGCAGACCAUUUGCACCUGCAGCGAGGAUGGCUGCAAUGCAGCGCCGGCGUUAGCCAGUCCCGCUUCCUUCCUGACCACAAGUCUUUGCCUGGCCGCCUCUCUCGGCUGCUUGCUGCGGCACUGAGGCCGUGCAUUUCAUCAGCCUGCAUUCAUCCAGAAAGAAUAAUUUCAAAAACCUAAUAACAUUAUCCAUCAGCCUAACAGUCUAUGUUUAUAUACAUAUGUAUAUCUUCCAUCUUGUCUACUUUAAGUAUGUAAUCCAUAUUUGUCUGUGUAUUUCAUAAUUAUACAAGUAUUCUACUGAAA